GUUCAAUUUAAAGUAUAUGCCAAUGUUGACAAUGCAUGCCUGGCGCCUUUGAAUCACUUCAAAAACUGAAGCAGAAUGCUUCGCUGCAACAAGUGCAAGACAUACUUUCCACCGACUUGGACUUGUUGUGCGCUGAGCCGAGACUGGCGACCACUUUGCUGGGUCAACUCGGCAAAGCUGGCAAGCUGGAUGUUGCUUUGCACGUGUUUCGCACGCUCCAAUGCGCUCGUGCGGUACCAAACGAAUUCCACUACGGAGCGUUGCUAGCAGCUUGUUCUCGAAGUGUGGCUGGGGGAUGGCAAGAGGCCUUGGAGUUGUUGAAGGAAAUGCGCGUGUGGAGUUUGCAGCAAAGUCCCAUUUGUUGCAAUGCUGUUAUCAGCGCCUGUGACAAGAGUGGCCAGUGGCAAGUGGCUGUGGCCCUCUUGCACGGAAUGCGACCUAACAGCGUUGAAGUGAAUGAGUUCUGUUACAACUCUGCUAUCAGCGCCUGUGCUCGAUCGGCGCAAUGGCAUUUGUCCAUUAGCCUAUUGGACGAGUUGACAUCAGCUGAAUUAGUUCCGACCGACACAAACUACAACUCAGCCAUCAGUGCAUGUGUGAAAGGCGGCCAGUGGGGACAAGCGCUCUCCCUUCUUCAGGAAAUGAUGCAGAUCAGAUUGCCUUGCACGGCCUCGAGCUACAGUGCGGCAAUGGGCGCUUGUGAAGGUGCAAGCCAGUGGCAGUCUGCCCUGGAGUUCCUUGAGACGAUGGUGGCAAAGGAGCAGCUGCAGCCAGACACCAUCAGCUGGACUGCCGCCAUGAGCACUUGUUCAAAGGCGACACAGUGGGAAGCAUCCUUGCUCUUAUUGGCAGAGAUGCAGAACCUUCGCCUUUCUCGCGAUGAAUAUUCCUUUAACGCUGCCAUGAGCGCUUGUGAAAAGUCGAGCAGGUGGGACAUGGCUUUCAGUGUGUUCGAGACCAUGAUGGACUCAAAAGCUUCUCCAGGGCUCAUCACCUACAACACGGCAAUUGGGAGUUGUAAAAGGAGUGGUGAGUGGGAAAGAGCUUUGCUGCUCUGGCAACACAUCGCUGCAAGUGCUUUAGUUCCAGAUGUCAUCACCUACAACUGUAUCAUUGGGACUUGCCAGGUGGCAAGCCAAUGGGAAAAGGCAUUGCAUGUCUUCAAUUUGAUGAACAACCAAGAGAAAGAUGGCUCAACUUUCACGGAGCUGGCCUUAGCCUUUGAGAGGGCGAAGGAGAGAAACCUUUGCCAUCGGCGUCUCUGGAGGUUUUCCUUGGAGCUCUUGUCACAGGUGCGACAUCUGCAUAUGGUGCCUGACGGUACAUUGUUUGGAUCACUUGCAGGGGCUGUAGGGGCUGCUCGUGGGAAGGAAGUGGCCAUGUCCAUGUUGAGGGAACAACUGAGCUGGUGGCGUGAGAUGGACGAAGGAAUGGAUGAUGACAACCUGGUGGUUGCAGCAGAGGUUGAUGUCGUUGAAAGAAGACCAGGUGUAGUGGUUUUGAACAAACCUGCGGGACUCAGCAUUGAGACUCUGCUGCAGCAAGCCUUUGGCAGUACUUGGGCUCGAAAGGUACAGACUGUUUCGAGGCUUGAUUAUCCCACCUCCGGUGUUGUGCCUGUGGCCGCUGGACCUGACGGCUCCCUUGCUUGUCAAUGGCUGCAAGCACAGUUCUCAGCAAAGCUCGUGCAGAAGGAGUAUUUGUGCUUGGCAGAGGGCCCCUUCUUGGGAGAGGUGGGCGAAGUGGGCCGCAUCACAAAGCCUUUAAGAACCACAGGUGUCGACUCACUGAGAACAGAGGUCUCAGACAUGGGUCGCUUUGCAUCGACAGGAUACAAGAUAUUGAAGCGGUUCAAAGCUUCCAACCAUGGUGAACUGAAGCUGGUGCUUGCGAUGCCAGAGACUGGACGCACUCACCAGAUUCGGGUUCACUUUGCCAGCAUCCAGCAACCUCUUCUGGGAGAUGAAACAUAUGGAGCGAAGCUCGCGUUGACAACGCCUUCUUUUUACAAGCGUUGUCCACGCUUGUUCUUGCAUUGUCGCAGGAUCAUUUUGACUGAUCUGGAUGGUCAAACUUUGACGGCUUCUGCCGCGUUGCCAGCAGACCUCCAAGGAGUUCUGGAGACUUUGGCAGAGAACUGCACAGAGUCCUGAAGACACUGCGGCACUGAUCAGCG